AUGUUUGGGGAUGGUCUAGGCAGCCAGAGAAUAAGAUUCAAAGAGAUCAUUCGGCAGCAGCUUAGAACUUCGACACUGUUGGUGGCUAUGCAGAUUUUGCUAGAUGAAGCACCGUUUAAUAAAGAAACAUUAGGUCCCGGUGGUGUAUUCCAUAUACCCAAGCUAAAGCCACUUAAUGAGGCCAAGCAUUGCAUAGAAUGUCAAGCUGUCUUUAAUAUCUUUCGUCAAAAGUACUUUUGCCGUAACUGUGGUGGUAUCGUCUGUAGCAAUUGCUCAGGUAAUCGACAUUCACUCAAGAAGUUUGGUUAUAACAACCCUGUGAGGUGUUGCAAUGCUUGUGACAAGUUGAUAAGAAUGCAAAAUAUGAAUUCAAAUGAGUUAUUACAGCUAUCAUUGAAAGAGUUGAAAGAAUACAUUCAAGCUUACAAUUUGCCUGCUAAAACUGCUAUCGAAAAGGAUGAUCUCGUUCGAAUCAUAUUUAAUACACGACCUAUAUCUGAUGAGAGUGAACUCUUUUACAGAAACAGGCGCCAUAGACUAUCCCGAACCGAGAAAAGUAAUAAUGGAAGCAACAAUAGUAGCAGUAAUAGUAGUACUAGUAACAAUGAUACACCUCUGUUUUCAUUUUCAAAUAUGGUUCAGGAUCUAUUUACGCCUUCACCGAAGCAACCACAACAGCAACAGCAACAACCACAACAACAACAACAACAACAACAACAAAGACGACCUCCUUUUUAUACUCCCCCACAACCACAACCACAACCACAACCACAACAAUCAAGAUAUCAGGCACCUCCACAAUCACGACAGCCAAGAUAUCAAACACCUCCACCUCCACAGCAACAACAACAGCAUCAUAUGAAUACACAAAGAUCCCAGUCUGCAUCUCCUCCAUCUUCUAACGAUCUACUUUCACUUAAUGACAUUGUAAAAGCUAAAAUGGAUCCUUCUUCACUCUCUGUGCGCACAUUAAAAGCUCUCCUGAAAGCAAACUUUGUAGAACAGUCUCAUGUGAUUGAAAAAGCUGAGCUAGUCAAACUUGUAAAUAGAUUAAUUGAGCAACAUAAGCAGAGCCAAAGUCAAGACAACACAAGAGAUGACACACUAUGUCGUAUUUGCUUGGAUGCUGAACAAAAUUGUGUAUUUCUUGAUUGUGGACAUAUGGUCUCUUGUAUGGAUUGUGCGAAAAAGCUGAUAGAGACAAAGAAUGAGUGUCCUAUCUGUCGUGAGGCUAUACUUAAACUGGUACAUGUGUUUCGUACUUGAGUUUAUAUAAAUAUAUAUACCAAUAAUGUACAAAAGGAAAAUCGGGCAAAUGUGUAAGUAUAUAUGUAUCUGUAAAGAUAAACUAUAAUAAAACCUGAUACUAUCAUUUUAUCAAGCGUUGGCUUAUUUUGGAGAAGUGUCUUGUAAGCCUUUUUGUUUGUUUUCUUGCUUGUAAAAGUCUAUUCAAUAAAAGAGUUUACUCUCCUUUAUAAAGAAAAGCAUAAUAAGAGGAUCGCUGGAUACGCCACAGGGAUCCUCUUACAAAGUGGCGAAUAAAUGUCCUAAAUAAACUCAGUUGUGAUUUCUUUUUGCAUUUGAUUUAACAUUGUGGGCAGAAGCACCAAGGGCUCG